GCCAGUCAACCGGUGACCGUCGUUUGGGAUAGACGCUCUCCUCUCGUGCAACGGCGUCGUGCUGCCCUCCCAGUCUGUCUGUCUGUCUCACAGCGCCAGGACGCCUUGCCUCCCUCUCUCUCGGUCUCCAACCCCUCGACGGCCCUUUCGUUCCCUACGCUUUGUUCAUGACCUCGAUCUACUAUCUGUGUAGGAAGGCCUGGUUCUUGAGAGGUGUUCUUGUUUACUACGACUUCUCGCCGCACGAGGAACUCUGGGUGACGUGACCUCGCCGGAAAAAGAGAUAAAAAGAUUGCAACUUGGAGAGAGGUCACCAGUGCCUCUUUUUUCUCUCUCAGUUCUGUGGUCAAUUGCUUUUUUGAAAUUCUGCAGCAGCAAAGUCCUGCUUGACUCGCUCGCUCGCUCGGUCGCGGCUCGCGAAGUCGGAUAGAAAACGAGAAGAAGAGGAGGAAGAAGACGAAGAAGAAGAAGAAAAAGAAGAAGAAGCUGCAGACAACUGAGGAGAGCUCGGAAGCGCGCCCUCAGUGGAAGUAGCGAGAGGUGACAGUGCUUCAUCGAUGGAGGCUGUGUGCGAACGUGUGCGUCGUGUCGCCGUCAUCAGUGAUGACGACCACAUAGUGCCCAAUUGUGACGACCAUAUGAGUGAAACGCACGACCCUAACGCCCUUCAGUGGGCUUCUGUGUCCGCUGAGCUGGACAAAUACCUGCCAAAUCUGCAAGAAGCAUCAGUUCAACCCAGACGGGACUCAGCGUCCCAGAUUGAUGAAUUUUUCGAAGUCGAGGAUCCUGCAGCCGAAGGGUGGAUGAACAGAAGAGGUGCAGGCGGCGGAGUAGGAGGAGGAGGAGGAGGAGGAGGUGGAGGAGGAAUGUCUAUGGGGGCGGCCAACGCUAACACAUACGUUUCCCCUGUCAUCCUUCGGGAUGCCCCAGAAGAAGACGUCUUCAUCAAGCCGGAGCCAAUGCCCAUACCCAACAUAUGGGAAGACGUGACCAGUUCCAUAAGCUCCCUGGACCCCGAGACUCCAGACCCAACCGUGGCGCACUUCGGCCCUUUGCCGCCCAGUAGGCCGUACCACCCGCCGCUGCCCACGGAAAUCAACAUGAAACUGGAGGAGCCGGUAUAUACCCAUUGCAGUCUUUCUUCCGAACUGCCCAAACUGCUGUCGACGCCUUCCCCGCCACCUCUGAUAAUGCAGCCCAGGCUUCCCCCCCUGACUUCCGCAACCACUCCAACCACCACCCACCCCGCCUUCAGAUAUCCAAAUACCAGCCCCAUGAUUGCACCUGCGCGGGUGUGCAUGCCACCCACCCCGCCCGCGUCUGACCAAGGAUCGCCGGCAGAUCACCAUUACCGCCGCACACCCCCUCCACCCUACAUCAUGCCUCCGUCCUGUGUGACUACGACGGGUGUCAGCUGUAGUACAGUCUGUACCACUAGUAUAGGCAGUGGGCGUAUCGUGGGCGGCACUCAUCCGCCCUUGGUCCCCUCCCCAUCGAUUCCAUCCACUCUCUUGACUGAGGCUGUUCCCGUUCCAAAGUAUUCCAGGAGGAAUAACCCAGAGUUGGAAAAGAGAAGAAUUCAUCACUGUGAUUUCCCAGGAUGCACUAAAGUUUACACGAAGUCCUCACACCUCAAAGCACACCAGAGGAUCCAUACGGGAGAGAAGCCCUAUAGGUGUCACUGGCCCGAGUGUCAAUGGAGGUUCGCCAGGUCGGAUGAAUUAACGAGGCAUUACCGCAAGCACACAGGUGCCAAGCCAUUCAAAUGCAGAGUCUGCGAGAGGUCGUUCGCGCGCUCCGACCACUUAGCCCUUCACAUGAAGAGGCAUAUGCCCAAGCCGCAGAAAUGAAGGACUUAGAUUGUAAGCCUUAGUGUUAAGGGAAAAAUAUGUUAAUGCAUAUUCUUUCAAGUUAUCCACUAUUUUUUCAUGCGUAUUUAUUCUUUUUUUAUACUUAGAAUUAUAACUUGAAUUUUGAACGCUUAGAGUAUGCGGGCAGCCAUUUUAAGGUAGUUAAUUCUUUAUUGUUUCCUCUCUCUCGAAGGAGAACCGAGUCGGGCUUACACGCCUUCACUGUACUGGGUUCCUUUUUUGUGUGCCAUCUCUCCAUCUUGUACUCUUUAAAAGACGCACUUCCUAUAAGUGAUUACCCACUUUGUUUGCCACUGUAUUUACCUAAGCAUCAGAAAUUUUUCCAAGAUGUUCAUUUUUGAAGAACAAUAACGUUCUUGACUCGAUUUCUUUCUACACAAAUAUAUACAUAUAUCGCUUCAACGAUGCCAGUUACUGUCAUGCAUAAUUUUUCUGUUAUAACUAAUAUUUAUCAUUUUUUUUUACUCAGUUAUGACUUCUUAUAAGAUCAAUCACCAUUAUUAAUUUCACGAGGUCUGAAAAUGAACGUUUGGCAAAUGUCUCGAUAGUAAGUCAAUGGCCCAUUGAUCCAAGUUGUCAAGGCUUUGACCUCCAUACAUCCAUCCAUUUAUAGCAAAUAAUAUGCCUUUAAGACAUCCUAAAUCAACCUACAAAAUAUAUUUUUCGACUUUUCGAUCAUUUGAUAUACAUUAAACGGAGUUCAUUGACGGAAAAAUGUUCAUCCUUGCUAACUAAAAUUCGUAGAACACCCUAGAGCGUUGGGAGCAAAAUGCAAAUUAAAAGUACUACCUUUCAUUUUUCUUCCCCCUGUGCUGUUUCUCAUUCUUUCUGGAUUUGAUCGGAGCUCAAAUGGUAAAAAGCUUCAAGUUUAAACAAGAUAAUGGUUAAGGAAUUCUGUAUUUACAGCAGUGAUACACCGAGAAAAAUCUACCCCCAGUUUUGUGUCUGUCAGGAGCUUGAACAAUUUCAUGAUUCUCAAUAAGUGCCUUGUCAAUAGUCUAACAUUUUAUGAUUCUCAUCGUAUUUCGUGACAUUUUCACGAUUCUCACUAUUGCUGACGUCACAAAAUCAGUAGUCAUAUACCCCAAAUGAAGAACUGUUUAAAGCCAUUAUCUACUACGUGUCCCACGUGAGGGUAAUACUGCAAUCAUUUCUAUGGUUUGUGAUUCUUCUGGUUAUAAUUAAAAUAGACUAAUUGUUCAAACAUUUAUAGAUUUGUUUUCGUAGUGCUUUUUCACGUGGCAUUAUUAUUAUACAAAGAAUUUUAUAGUAUAUUUCCAUUAUCUGUCACAGUGUAAGCUUACAUUUAGAAGUGGACACCUACCUUCUUGAUAACUACAGGCUGACUUCCAGUUUGUUAUUCAUACGUAAAAUGCCCAUGUUCAGCCGUACAGACUUUUCUGGUAUAAAAUCUUCUAUUUUUGGUGUUGUGAAAAACAGAAAGAUUACUACUUCUAUUACCACAGUUAUUGUUAAUACGAUGACCUACUCAGAUAUCGUAAUUUUUCUCAGAAAUACUCGGCUAAUAUUUAUUACACUGAAGUCCAAGAACUUUGUACUUUACACAACUCUUCCUGAGAUCUUUCUGUUGAGUAUUUUGAUCUUUUGUUAAGUGCCAUGCAUGAUAACUUCAUAGCAACCCAAUCACUUUUUCAAGUAGUCAUACUACUGCUACUACGUUUGCGUUCAGUAUGAUGGCUACCUAACACUAACGCGCCAAGUUUUUUUUUUUAUUAAGAAGUAUUCUUCUGUGCCUUGACUCUGAAGAAGCCCCGUGCCAUAAGAAGUGCCAUCUAUGUGUACAGUAUUUAUAGAACAUUUUCCAGUUCCAAAUGCGCCCAUUUAAAAUAUUUUAGUGUUUUCAUAUUUUUGUCUCGAGAGUAAUGUAGUUAUCCAGUAAGGCUCGCAUUUCAGCCCCACUAUUGUGCCAAAACUAUUCGUGAUACGAGUGCCUUAUAUGUUAUACGCUGUAAUGGGAAUGAUGUCUUCUUUAGUCUUAAGGUUACACAUCAGAUAUUCCAUCUUUGUUAUCUUUCGAAGUGUAUGUCACGAGCGGCAGAAACGGAACGAAGUCUCUUUUUGACAUCGGUUUUCUUAAUUGUGAAACGCGAGGUUUUUGUAAAGUACGCGUCUACGAAACAUUCUGUCUCUGCAAUGCCUGUGACAUGCAUUAUCAACUUUGUACUGAAGUUCUGAAUAUAUACGGCUAUUUAUGUAUUUUACCUAGAACUGAUGUUAAAAGUAUUAAUGUGCCAUGACACUGAACGAGUGGCUUUUUGUGAAGGUAAUGUGAAUGUAACUGCUUGAAUCUGAUAUAAACAUAAUCCCCCUUUAUAUUCAUGGAAUGAAGUUUGCUAGUACGCUCAUGAGAAUGUUUUUUUUCUUUACUUAGACCAGAAAAUAAAUAAAAAAAUAUAAUGAAAUCACGAUUUUCGAAGAUUAAUCUCAAGGCAGAUUCAUUGUAUAUUUGUCUGUCUUUGCGCUUAAGCAUUACAAAAAUGAAAGCAAUGCAGCCAUGAGCAUAUGCUUAUGCAAAUAUGCUAAUAAGAAUAAGGGUUGUUUUUACCGCAAGCUAAGGGAUUGGAUAUUGUUUAUGUAUGUAUUGCCUUGAACUGCCACCGAGUUUUUCUUAUUUUCCCAUUAUUUUUUUCAUAUCGUGCCUUGAACUACACAUGUUUUAGAUUGGUUAAAAACUGCCAACAAGCUUUUUGUCUCAUCAAAUUACCAGUCUUCCUCAUACCUCAAAUGAAUACUACAGCACACUUCAAAGUCCUCAAGACUAAAAUUGAUCUUCAAUCGUGCAAUCUUUCAAGCAUUUGUAAUAAAAUAAAACAACUUUUACAUGUCCAAAAGUAAAACUCUGUGGCAAUCAAGAGAAUACUGAUCAGGCGUUAUGCCAACAGUUCAAGCUCAUUGGAGGCAUUAUUAUGGUAAAAAAAAGAAGUAUUGUUUUUGUCCUGUAUUUUACAUUUGGAGUUUAUAUGUUGAAGUGUUUUCCCCCUGUAACCUGUGUUGUGAUUCUGGCUCCUUGAGCCGCUGUAUUGGAUUAACUUUCCAGAAGAAGAAGAAGAAGAAGAAGAAGAGAAUUGUACAAAGCGGUGUUUAUCAAUCCCCGCACCACUUGGUAAUGAGCUUUAUAUUAUUACUGUUGUCGUAUGUACGGCCAUCACCCCCUUCCCUCUGGCAGGUCCAGGUGGGGGGCGGUGUCCCCCUCUCCCCCUUGUCUUUGCUCUUUGGCAUCAUUCACGGCCCCUCUGACGCGUGUCCAGCCAGCAUCCCCACCGCCGAAAUGGAAAGGGAUGCUAAAGACACGUCGGCAGCUUUCAAGAGCCUUCGUGUCAAUGGUCGUGCUGUGUAUCUGCCCACCUGUACUCUAACCUUUCUUUCUCAUUAACAUCAAAUUUUAAAUUCUUAACUCUUGCUUUAUCCUUUCUCUCAUAAUUACAGCAAUCUGAUUUUUCAUACAUCCUCUCGAAAUAAUAUCAAUCUUAAUUAGUUCCAUUUCAAAGGGAAGUGUAUUCUGAUCUUAGCUCUCGUUCACACGAGUUACGCAUGCAUACAUACAUAAAUUGCUACUGUCAUCUAACACCUCAUUUUCUCCUUCCCUAACAACGUAUACGUACAUUACUAAUAUUUCUUUUAACGCUAGAUUUUCCGUCUCUAUUUCACCUCCUAGAAAUCCCAAUAAUGAAUAUGUAGGUUUACCAGUUUUAUUCUUACAUCGCAAUUGUGUUAGUUUAUAGUCCUGUUCGUUUCUCUUUUUCGUUUUCUUCAACAACACUACUAAUGGAAGUUUAGUAAGAUAAAUAAAAAGAAGCAACAUUUGGCGUGUCCCCUAACCCUCAAUGAUAGGCGUUCUUAAUAUUUCUCUGAAAUCCUAUCUGAGUAGAAAAAAUAAAGGGAAAAACUAAAAAGAAAGAUAAAAAAAAGACUCUCGUCCUUCGGUAAAGCUUAGCUUUUAGGUGCUUUUUUGUGAUGUAUUUUUACCACCCCGCUAACUGGUGUUGGGUAUAGAUGUAAACUUUAUUAGUUUAAUAUUGUGUUUUUAAGUAUAUAGCAUUAGAGCCUCACUUAUCUGACUCUCCUCCUAUCCCCUCAUGAUGAGUUUUCCUCCCUUGUCUUCUCGUUUUUCUUCGCUCUUCCUGUUCUUUUCUUCUACGGGCUGCACGAAGGGAGCUCUGGCUCUCCAGAAUUGGCGACCUUGGCACGAGGCUUAACAGUAUUUUUUUUUAUCCUCUUUUGUUAUUGAUUUUCCCAUUCCCUCAUUUUCCAUCAUCCCAUUAUUAUUAUUAUUAUUAUUAUUAUUAUUAUUAUUAUUGAUGUUUGUUUGUUAAUUAUGAGCAUGACAUUACAAGCACCGCCGUGACAGACUCCGUGCCCACCCAAUCCUCUGCCCUAACAAAUGUAACAGCCAUUUUAGGCCUGUGUUGCAAAGCCUAUUGUCUAAACUGAAUGGCAAAGGGCAUUUUUUUUUUAAAUACAAUGAUGGGCCGAGAGUCACAUAUCACGUGGUUGUGUUGUAGAAGAUGUCAUGUCAUAUCAUCAUCCCCGGGUUCCGUUUACGGAGAAGCGCAUCCUUCCAUCACGAAUUUCCCUUCCUGAACAGGGGAGGGGAUUCGGAAGGCCGCCCGCGCCGACCCGUAGGAUAAUGUCCGGGGGGAAGCCGAUGUCUCCGUGACCUUCUUGAAAUGCUGAGAAGGCCUACAGGAGGGGUCGGCCCCUUCCCCGCCAGGUGCUGUUAAAAAAAGCCCAAAUGUAGUCUAAUAUUCCUCUCACUGUGUUCCGUCAUAUUGUGAAAUUUUUUUGUUGGCUGAGCUGCCUGAAGGUAGCCCCUGAUGUAUAUAUUUCAUAACAUUUGUAAUUUUAAUACCGUUUCAUAGAUAAAUUUAUUUUCUAGCAAA